AUGACAAGAAUGCCCCUCGCAAUGUUCGAGGCGAUGCGGGCGGACCCAAUACCACAAGCCCUGCAUGUUCUUCUGCCAAAAGUGCUGCAGAAAGUGCCUUUGCGUGCCUCCGGGGUAUUAUGGGAACAAAGCUGUUUGCCCCUGCUACAACAAUUGGAAGACCAAGGAAGGUUUUCGGGUUGCGGCUGUGGAGGACAGGGUUUGACGGUGGUGGAGCCGCGGAUUGAUGGCGUCUCGGCGAGAAGGAGUGAAGACGGGGUCAUGGCGGUAGGAUUGGCGGCGAGAAGGAGUGAAGUCGGGGCGUGGCGGUGGCGCCGGUGGGAUUGGCGGCAGCGGAGGAGUGAAGUCAGGAGCAACGACUUAUAUCAAUCGAGACGGAGCAGUCGCCUGAGGCCUCGUGUUGCCAGAUUGUUGGACAGUCUAAUUUCGUGCGCCGUCAAUUUGUUGUUAUUGAGAAAGGACUGCAAAGUGGGGUGCGUGGGAUGGAGAUAUGGUAAACGCCGACUGCGUCGAAAGACGAUAGUGGCGAUAGGCAGAUCUGCUUCGGACUUCUAUCUGAUCCGAACAACCCCGAGAAUCGACAUUUUGUGGGCCAAUGAUUCGUCCAGCCUGAGGAUGACGCGGCAUUUAUGCGUGCUCGACACCUACACAUGGGUUUUUACAAAGCUUGAAGGAGCAGGACAAGAACUUCUUACAGCAAAAAAAAGAGAAAAUUGCUUCAAGAAACAAGCCGCUCAAGAUGUUGGGUUGUGGAUUUCUCAAAAAAUAAAGAAAAUAUGGGAUGAAAUUGGGGAAGCUGAUAACGAAAGGGACAAAAUGCUUUUUGAACUUGAGCAAGAGUGUUUGGAUGCUUAUAGAAAGAAAGUGGAUCAGGCGAGCCGUUCCCAGGCCCAGCUAAGACAAGCAGUUGCUAAUGCCGAAGCGCGCUUGCAGACAUCUCUUCUUUCUGGGAGCUUGAAGAAAGAGCUUCAGGCGAUCAUGCCUCUACUAGAAGAUAUGAAAAAGAAAAGAAAUGAAAGGAAAGCUCAAUUUUCAGAAGUUUUGAGACAAAUAAAUUGCAUUGCUAAGGAGCUUUCAAGAUCCAUAGAAGACAAUUUUAGUGCAACAGUAAUUGAUGAACAUGAUUUGUCGAUGAAAAGAUUUGAUGAUUUACGCUGCCAGUUGACUUUUUGCGGUCAGUGGAUGUGUACUGCCCCGGGACCCGUGCGUUGCUUCAGAUGA